AUGGCCGACGAAAGCAAGUCCCCGCCCCCGGCCACCCGGGAGGUUGCAAGCCGCGACAAGUUGGAAGCUCAGAUCAAGUCCGCCGACAUGACGGAUGAUAUGCAGCAGGAAGCUAUCGAAGUUGCUCAGGAGGCCAUGCAAAAGUUCUCGAUCGAGAAGGACAUCGCCCAGCACAUCAAGAGGACCUUCGAUGACCGAAAGGGCCCUACAUGGCACUGUAUCGUUGGCAGAAACUUUGGAAGUUACGUAACUCACGGUGAGUACAAGUUCAACCCAAACUCGGAACCCGAGGCCACGGGCUGA